AUGCCGCGAUUGAAAGUGCAGGUGGGCUCCGACCGCUUCCACAUGGAGGACUGCCGUCUCAACGACACUAGUCGACCACACGAAAUCGACACCGAGCACUUUGUGGGUCGCAUUCUUGUCCGCAUCCUCGACGCUCCAGGAGCCAAAGAAGGCGAACCUGGUCGCGAAUACUUUGAAGGCCGUUCGCGCAAGUUCUGCUUUCAGAUCGAGGGCCGCUUCAAACAACGAUGGAGCGGCAACGACAUUCUCUUCGGUACCGACUUUGACAAGUUUGUCGACUUUCCUCGUGCACCGUUCAACGCAGGCAUGCGAGUGGCCAAAUACAUCGACCCUUGCACGUUCUACGAGCUCCACCCGGAUUCAGGACGACCGUAUAUCAUGUCGCCUUACAUUGCCUGCAUGAACACAUUUUGCGCCUGGCCAGCGCCAUCGCGUGCACACGAUGCUGUUGUGGUGCUCAGGCAUACUCAUCGCGGAAGCACGCCGGACAGCUCUCGUCCACCAACCCCGAUUGUUGAUCCGGAAAAGUCGACCCACAAUCCUCAGAACGCGCUCGUAGCAAGCCCACACGGCAGUGGCGACGAAGACGAGGGAGAUAUCGUGCCACGUGAGUCGCUCGACCGCAGUCGUAGCAUCAGCAACAAGGGUGAUGCCGCGGCGAAGAAAAAGAAGGGCUGGUUCGGCGGCUUUGGAGGUAGCAGCGGACAUGCGAAAGAGGAACGCAUCUUGAAGAAGUACUGGCGUUUUGUGGGCUUCAAGGAUGAACCACGUGUCCGAGCUCUCCUCGAAGCCCAUCAUGCCAAAUUGCAGGAUCGUAGCAGUCAAGCUGACUCGAGCUCGGACGCCAGGCGCUUGAGCGAGACUCACACGGUCGCACGUCAAGGCAGUCUCGCGAGUGUUGGUUCCAACGAUGUCCAGCACGGACCGGCAAGCAAGACGCUCUCCUUCUUGGGCAUCGGAAAGAGAGCGGAGAUGGACCGUACACCGGAUAGGGCGCUCACUCCAAACCAUGGAGACUCGAGCGAAGACAUUCCUGCUUCCCCAAGGGUGGGAAGUGGAAGCUUCAGCGAUAUCGGUGCCAACGAGAUUGCCGCUGCUCCACCUGCAGAUGUGGAUGAAGCAGCUGGUGGCAACAGCGGACCAGCUCUGGUUGCCCCUAAACCCAAGCAUGGCGUGGCUGCACCGCUCGACGAUGCCGACACAUCGACGGAUGCUGCCGCAAUUGCCGCUUCUGCACCUGCACCGGCUCCUUCCUCGACAGUCCCCAAGUCAUACAGCGGCGGAACCACUUCGAAGCCAGAAAUGCCCCACUUGGAACGCAUCUCCACCUCAAUUCGAAACGAGAUGGAAGAAUCCGCCAAAUCCGAUGGUCUCAAAGAUGGAGACUUCAAGCUAGCCGAUAUGCUCUCGCACACCUCCAUCAGCCGCACCUCUAGCGCCCAAGGUACUUCCAGCCCCGCCCACCCUCCAUCCUCCUCGAAACUAGACGAAGCUCUUGGGCCAUGGCGAUUCUCCGACCCGGCAACCGACAUGAUCGAAGACAACGCGUUCAUCUUCACCACUCAAUCGUUCCCUGUGCCUCGACGUCGCAAACACUUUGCUUCUGAGAAGAACAGGUUGGACUUCCACUACGAUCCAGACGUCGUCUACGGCGCUUCGUUCUUCACCGACGCAAUGGACUUCAACACGUUCAAUCUGGGUAUCGGACCAGUCAAGUUGAACGUGGCGAGGUGGUUCAAGGAUAUGCCGGUGAGGUAUACGUUGAGGAGUACACGCGAUGAGAACUUGGUCUUUGCGAGUGUCAGUUUUCAGCUUGUAGACGAAUAG